UCAGUGUAUAAAAGCAAUAAUAAUAAUAAUUUGGAAAAAAGUAGUUUUAAUGGUGGCGCAACACAAGUUGUCAAUACUUGGAGGGUAUAAAAUGCAAUUAAUCUUUCCUUUUCUUCCAAAUUGUUUGGCUGGUUUAGCUUUACUUCCCACUAAAAAAAUAAGGAGGUUGGCACCUGACUGGAACAAAAGACGAUCAAAGUGACAAAGGGAAGAAAGAAAGUCCCUCAAUAAGGAAAUUGGGAGGUGUGGAAAGAACAAUGAUGGAAAAAAUGCACCAGCUUCUGCCGUGGUGGAGAUUAAGAUGGUUAAACUACAAGAAUGCAACCAUUAUUGUCUGCUUAUUGAACUUGGCCACUGGCCUUUUCUUGCUUCAGUGGUUCUUCUUUGGUUCUACUCACCAACCCAAUUCAGUUUCUCUUAGGUACAUUAAGGAAUGCGAGGAGAUACGUAGAAGCCUGAUGCCCGUGGAUCUUAUUAAAAGAGUCAGGGAGAUUGAAAGUGAAGCAUAUGUAGAAGCAAAGACAGUCCAACAGAAAGACACUAAGCCGGGUGCUGCUGUUGAUCUGGUUUCUAGGCUCAACAAUAUUCGUUCCUAUUCUGAUACUGGCAGCAUCAAAGCAAUCGAGGAAUGGCGUAAGCGGAAGAUGGAACGAGCUAGGCAGCGGGGACUGGGAAAGAAUGGAACAGUUAUCUAAGAGAACCUUUAAAAAAAUGUUGAAAAAAUAGAGUUUGUAUAUCUCGUAUGUCAUUGGAGAUCCACCAGUUAGCUGACACUCCAGUAUAAAAAAUAGUUGAGGAUUCAAAGCUGCGUUGGCGUGGUUUAAAAUGUAUUCCACGCUAAAUCAAAGCAUUGUUCUUCAUUUUAACAUUGUCAAUGGUGCAUUAUGGUCUUAUAUAGACCAGAGUGAAAGUAAAUUUGAAGGCAUUAUUUGAUGGGUACUACUGAGUCUUGAUCCAUUGAACCUAGCAUGUAAACCCCUAGACUAUAAUUUUGGAUCGAUAAAGAUGUACUCCAUGUUGUCUUUCCUGGUCUCAAUUUCUUGAGAAUUGCAGCCUAUAAGUUGUAACGGUAGGCCAAAAACAACAAAAAAAAAAACAGACACGAUUAUGCCAAGUGUACUCAGGGUACCCUUAACUGUGCUUUGGAAUUUAUGAGGAGAUUUUUGUAUGUUAACAUUUUCAUUUGUAAUUUGUAUUCUUGGCGUUGGCGGGAACAGAAUCACAAGGUAACG